AUGUCACUCGAUCUGACCAUUCUCGACAAGGGCCUUGCUCGGUUCCUAGAAAACGAUCUCAUCCUGAUAUAUCAUGCAGGAGUCACCAUUGAGGAGUUCGAAAAUGCAGCCCAUGUCCUCCUCUCAAUUUUGCCGGUGCUAGGCGGAAAUUUGAACUUUCUGCGAACCAAAAUAAAGCCCUCGAAGAAGGUUGAUAAUUUAUCCGAGCUCUGGCAAGGCACUGAACUUGAUCUACAUGUUGAAGAUGUUGUGAAGACACCAUGGAUCAACGAUGUUGUGAAAAGCGUCGAACUCUCGCACCUGAAAAAUUUCCUGGAUGCCAAAUUCAAUGUUAUCAAAUUACUCCGUCAGUGCGUUGUCACCAUUCAAACCGUGGCUUUAAUUGACGGAAGCAUUUUGCGCUUCAAAGUCCAAGGUCCAUUUGGAGAUGUGAAUGCGAUGCUUCAUAUAGCACGAGCAUAUUGCUCCAUUCUGGACGGUUAUCUACCGACAAUGGUAUCAAGCUUUCGUCCACCGCUAAAGCUAAAGGAAUCUCUCAUUGAGAAAGCGUUGGAACAGUCAAAAUAUGUCAACGAUAUUCCAAUCGCUCGGAUGCACGCUGAAAGCUUCAGAACUGGCUGGUUUCCCUUUCUAAGACGUGGACUCAGUUCUGUCAUGCAUAAACUGCGAAACAAAGCUCGUCAUACUUCACCUCGCGUUAAUAUGGCGCUUCAUAUACCCCAAGCCGCAAUCAACGCCUGGUCCAAUGAGGCUGAAAAUCGAAACAUCCAAGUCACAGAACACGACCUCGUCCUGGCUUUCCUUUACCAGCAAGCCUCGAUCGAUCCAGCGGACCCGUCUACCGUUAGUAUCGCUGUGAAUAUCCAGCGCCAUUUGGAGACAGAGGCAGCUUUUGGAAACCCUUGGCUCCGGAUCCCUGUGCCAUCACGGCAAUUCAACGGCCUGAGAUCCCAAAAUGAUACCACGGCUUUGGUAGACAGGGCAGUACAUAUCCGCCACACUAUCGAUAGUGCUCGAGAGCCAUUAUGUCUCCAUCAAAUCAUGGAGCAACAUUCUUCAAUGAAAAACAGCCCGUUCGUCAUUCGAAGGUUUGCUUCGAAAUCUACACAGCUUGUUGUAUCUUCUUGGGCGAAGCAGCCUUUCUUUGAUAUCAAUAUUCAAGGAGGCAAGCCGGUGCUUGUGGAUGCUAGUGUGAGCUUCUAUGGGGCUCUUAGGCGUCUUGGCUUUGUUGUGGAUGAUUUAUUAAUUAUGUGGAAGGGAGAUAGACAUGAAGAUGGAUACUGGGUCCAGGGUCACCUUUCUACUGGGUUAUGGGAGAGAAUGACAGACACCUUGGCGGAUUACUUCUAA